CCGCUUCUCGAGUGAAUGACGCACUGUUCCAACAUGGAAGUUACGAUGGGUGCCUGAGCAGUGUGGGCGUUCAGGACUGUGGCAGGUUUCAGCCUUUUUAAUUUCCCACACUGGGGAGAGACAGACUCCAAACUAACUCGAACUCGACUUCUCCAUCCGCGUCAUUGAGCAAUUCGAGUGUUCAAUUGCUCGACUCAAUUGCUCGUCGAUAUCAUCACAACGCUGAUCGACAGGCGAUUACUUAUAGCUACCCCUAGGCAUUCGCGACCCGUCCUCUUUCAUUUCAGCACCGAAGGCAGAACCCUCCAACCAUCGCAGCCCGCCUCAGCUACCUAAUCGCCUGUCAGUCUCAACCCCCGAAUCGACCACCUCAACCUUCUCACCACUCCACGGGGCUACGGGCCCAGGCUCGCAGGCGACAGGCAACAGGCAGGCGACAGGAGGCAGUCGGCAGGUCCGCGACCACAAGCAUCACAAAUCACAAUCAUGGCCAGUUCAACCCCCACCAUCACGAUCUCUGGCGCCGACAAUCACACCACUCCCACGACCGCUACCACUAUCCCUAUCCCCACUUCACGACACCAAACACGACCCCAAACCCAGACACAGAAACAGGCACAAACAACAACAGCCUUCAUCUUCCACGUCUCAACCCUCGUCUACCGUCCCAGGAGCACUGGAAGCCCGUCUAGCAUCAGUACCAACAGCAACGGCACCAAUAGCGACUCAACAAGCUGGUCCCCUAUCUCCGUUUCUGAUAGCAGCUCUAUCUCGGGCUACACCAGCUCCGGCUCCGAUUCCACCUGGAACCAGAACAUCAUCAUCAACCCGACAAAGUCACAGUCACACCACCACCACCCCAACCCCCUCCGCCAGCAUACGGUACUGCUUCCCCGGCCGUCGGCAGGCGAGACGAUUGCUCAGUUGCAAGCGGUGGGUAUACCGUUUGUUAUUAUCUGGGAACCUGAGACGGCGUCGUCGGGAUAUGGAGGAGACGAUGGAUUCGAUAACGAGUUCGCCUCAGAAGAGGAAGUAGCGAAUACUAUUUCUAGGGUUCUGGGGUUGAAGGAUCCGAUUUGUCCGAUGAAGGUUGUGGGGAGGUGGACGCUUUUGAGGAGUGUUGCUGCACAGGGUCAACAUUUAGUCACCAAUGGGAAAGAUGGUAAAAAGGGGGGAAACGAGGAGAAAGAGGUGACGGGGACUUUGGUCAUUGGUGACGAUGAGGAGAGGAACAGGGAGAUGGCAAGGAUGUUGGGGUUUCAAGCGGAGAGGGUGGUGAACGCGGAGGAGGUGGAGAGGAUGUGGGGGAGGAGGGAGGUGGUUGAGGAGGAGCGGAAGGAGGAGGAUGAGGAGAAGGGAGAGGUGAAUGUGGUGGUGGAGAAGGAGGACCUGGGCCUAAAGCAGAACCAGACCCAGGGACAACACCUGAAGCCGACGAAGCCGACUCUGAGCUUGAGGAGCAGGCUGAGUUGCCCAUUCGAUGAUAUGAAGGUCGUCGAGGGUCUUUGCUUUUCCCCGGAGGAUAAGAUCGACGAGGAAAGUACAGAAGAUGACGGCGUUGCGUCAGAGAAGCAAGCUGGGUUCGAGGAAAAUAAAGAGGGAGCGAACAAAGGUGGCCAUACAGAGUCACCGACGUCAACAACCCCUUCGACUCCCGAUAUUGUCCAGGGCCAAUACAUCCCGGUCAAGCAUAGUGAGCGGACCGUGGCAUAUGUUCCUGUCAGUCCUACAAGCACCACAAGCUCGGAGAAAGACUUCGAGUCUCCCGUCACUCGCAUUACUUCCAUCAUUUUCUUCUCGCCGCCAUCCCUAAAGACAUGGGACCGGGAUGUCCGUGUUGUCAGCAAGCUGUGUCAAUCACAGGGCGAUGGAGAGGAAGUACCCAAGCUUUACAUUGUUCAGAAACCGGGAGAGCUUGGAUCUAGUAAUUGGUCUCUGUCAUCCUCUUCCUCCUCGCCAUUGGCCUCGUCGGCAUCAUCAAUCACCCCUUCGCCGACAUCUUCCACGUCCCCUUCGGAGUCCAGUCUUGAUACCCUGACCACCACAGCCUCUACCGUCUUUUCCCAAGCUUCCUCCACCUCGAGCUCCGAGUCUGUGCCAUCUAAGCGACAAUUCAAAUUAACAAUGCCUCGCACGGCAUCGGACUGGAUCCGCGACGUUACCACUCACUGGCGAGCCACCAAUCCCAAUCUCUCCGACAAGACCAAACUCCCUUAUUACCUCAUCGACCCCCUGACUUGCGCCCUUCAGGUUCUCGAAAUCGGCCGCCAACGAGCGCAAUCGACCAUCUGGGCGAGGGCCAAUCUCCCGGUGCACUUGCGCCAGGUACUACGUCUGGAGACGCUUUACGUCGUCGACUCGGGUGAGCACUCGUCACGUUUGUUCAACGAUUUGAACAGUGCCAAAGGUGGCGAUGACAGCUGCAGCAAGGACAAACAUUCCGCUUCCGCUUCCGCCGACCCUGAUCCUGAUUUGUCCUUUCAGUGGUAUCUAGCAUCCCUUGGGGUGGAAGUCAUUCCCGCGAAACGGUGCAGGAGGAUCGGGAUGAGCAAUGUUUACGCUUUAGAGAAGAGGGUGCAGAAGCUGGGCUAUGUGUGUCGCCCACUCCAUAGUUCCAAACCUGAGCCACUACAGGACGAGGACCAGAACACCAAGAAAGUCCACGAAAACAAAGACAGCGGAGAUACCAGCGCCCGCCAACCCACUACCCAGACGCACCAAAGACGAACCUCUUGGUUCCGCCAGCUGAUUACGAGAGGCCAACCCCGAUCAUCCAAGUCUCGCAGUCCCGGUGCCGGUGGCCAGAGUCAGACUCAACGCCCCUCUACCUCUACCUCUACCAACAAGACCCGCAAGCACCACCACCACACCAAACAUACCAACCACAGUAACAACAGCACCACAAACCUAACCAUCAACUCAACCAACAUCCCUCCCACCAAUAUCCCCACCGGCAUCCCCCGGAGCAUGACCACCCCCAACAACAGCAACGCCCCAACGACAGCAACAGCUACGACAGCCAAAUUUACUCCCCCAGCGCCCUGGACAUGGUUUCGCGCAGUCCCACACAAAAGGCAAGAGACAUCAGUGCUAUCACGGCCUUCUGCCAUAGUAACAAUAUCGAGACGGCGGUUAAGUACGCUGUCAAUCGUGAGUAUUGGGAGUGUGUGGAUAGGGGAUUGAGGCCUGUUUGGUUGACUGGUGGGGGGGCUUGGAGUGGUGGUGCUGGGACUGGGACUGGUGGUGCUGGGACUGGGACUGCUGGUGGUGGUGCUGGUAUUGGUAUUGGUGCUGCUGGUAUUGGUGCUGGUAGAAUCUGAUGGACUUGGCUGGAUCGGAUCUGGUCCUGAUCUACCUGUUCAGGUGGUCGUCGGAUGAAUCAUGAACUAGUUGUCAUAAGGAAAGAUGGAUCAGGCAACGUGGAUCAAAAAUUUGAGGCCAGGUAGAGCUGGGGCUGAAGGGUUGAUAUCCAAAAUAUCGGACUCGAGCUUGGUAGACAGCGCAUAGCCAGGCAAUACAGGUACCUACCAUAUGUAGACAAAAUGGUUAGGGACAUACUUCGAGAUUAUGGAAGCGAAUUUGAACAUGGGUUUACAUGUAAGUGCGAAGAGUGUAGAGGUAUGGAUGUACUUUUAUCUAGCAUUGGACUUAUUACCAGUGGUCACUAUUCAGG